CCAGAUGAUACGUCAGUUUGUUUUGGUAUCGCUGUGUUUACUCUCCAUAAUUCCCCGUUUUCCCUGAUAAUAGGGAAAUUCGUAAAAAUUGUAUAUCUCAAAGUGUUCUGUAACACCUCAUCUUCACAGAGAAGUCAAAGAUCCUGAGUUCAAUGGAACCCAAUCCUGUGAAUGGAGGCAGCAAUGUGGCGUCUCCCUAUGGAGGGAGCAAUCCUCCAAAUGCCGCCACACCACCUCAAAUCCAGCCGCUGGUUAGUGCAGCGCCUUCAGCUCCAGCUGCAGCUGGAGGCGUCGUGACGGGAAUUCCACCGCCAGGAGCUGCGCUGGGAUUCUCCCCGAUGGUCUCACAGUUCAGUAUUCCACCCCCUGGAUUCACAAACUUCGCCCAAGAUCCCGCUUUGGCCGCCGCGGCGGGAAUUAUACCGUGCGAAUGGACAGCUCACAAGUCUCCGGACGGUCGGACUUACUAUUACAACAGCGUGACGAAGCAGAGCUCGUGGGAGAAGCCAGACGAGCUGAAGACACCCACUGAGAAGCUUCUCUCCACUUGCCCGUGGAAAGAGUACCAAUCAGACCAGGGAAAAGUGUAUUAUCACAAUGUGAACACGAAAGAGUCUCGCUGGGAAGCGCCUCCUGAGUAUUUGGAAGUUAAGAGCAAGAUAGCGAUUGAAGAGGCUGCAAAUGCGGCGAAAGCCGUUGCUGCGAUGACCUCUUCAGGAAUGCCUAAUUUGGUACUGCCCGUGGCUUCAGCAGCCAUAAUUCCGCCUCUCAUGGCCACAGCGACAGUGACUCAAGCUUCGGCUGUCGCUUCUCCGGCGAAUUCUCCGCUACCGGACUCAAACUCCAACGAGAACUCCUCUUCCGCUCUGGAUCAGGCGAUGGCAGCCACUCUGGCGGCGAUUGAAGUGCCAGAUAUGCCACCCAAGGAAGGCGAUGGAGACUCUGGAAAGACUUCAGACUCUGGUGAGCCGCCCAAGAUGGAGUUCAAGGACAAGAAAGAGGCCAUUGAGGCGUUUAAGGAGCUGCUAAAAGAGAAGAAUGUUCCGUCGAACGCGUCCUGGGAUCAAUGCGUGAAGAUCAUCUCGAGAGAUCCGCGCUACAUGUCGUUCAAGGGUCUAAAUGAGAAGAAGCAGGCUUUCAAUGCGUACAAAACACAGAAGAUGAAGGAUGAGAGAGAAGAGAAUCGCCUGAAGGCGAAGCAGGCGAAAGAGAAUCUGGAGAAAUUCCUCAUGACUUCUGAGAAGAUGUCGUCGUUAAUGAAGUACUACAAGUGCGAUGAGACUUUUGCCAAUCUGGAGGUGUGGAAGUGUGUUCCUGAACAGGACAGGCGGGAUAUUUACGAGGAUUGCGUAUUUAACCUGGCCAAGAGGGAGAAGGAAGAGGCCAGAGUGAUGAAAAAGCGGAAUAUGCGAGUUCUUGGCGAUUUGCUGCAAUCGAUGACUUCCAUAACAUACCAGACAACGUGGUCAGAGGCUCAAGUGCUGCUGCUGGAGAACACAGGCUUCAAGACGGACGUUCAUCUGCUGGGGAUGGACAAAGAGGACGCUCUAAUUGUCUUUGAGGAUCACAUCCGGAGUCUGGAGAAGGAAUACGAGGAGGAGAAGGAGCUGGAGAAGAAGCGAAUGCGUCGUUUGUCGCGAAAGAACAGAGACGCUUUCUUGGCUCUCUUGGACACGCUUCACGAGGAGGGAAAACUGACGUCAAUGUCGUUGAUGGUGGAACUGUAUCCCAUCAUUUCGUCUGAUCUCAGAUUCUCAGCCAUGCUGGGUCAGUCCGGAUCCACACCGCUCGAUCUCUUCAAGUUUUACGUGGAGGAUUUGAAGGCGCGCUUCCAUGAUGAGAAGAAGAUCAUCAAGGAAAUCCUGAAGGAGAAAGGCUUCCAAGUGCAGGCGGAUUCGACAUUCGAGGACUUUGCCACUGUAGUGUGCGAAGACAAGCGAUCAGCCACGCUGGAUGCAGGCAAUGUGAAGCUGACGUACAAUUCUCUGUUGGAGAAAGCUGAAGCUGCGGAGAAGGAGCGUCUGAAGGAGGAGAACAAGCGCAUCAAGAAGAUGGAGAAUGAGCUGAAAAGCGUGUGGCUGGAAGCUGGACUCACUGGCCAAGACUCGUGGGACAGUGCCAAGCAACUUGUGGCCGAUCUGGAAGUCUUUAAUGCUUAUGAUUCCGAGGAGAAGGUGGAGAAAGUGUGGCAGGACUUCAUAAAGGACUGCGAAGACAGUUGUACGCAUCAUCAUUCGCGCUCCAGGAAGUCAAAGAAGAGCAAGAAGUACAAGAAGCGGUCAAGAUCAUCCACCAAGUCGGAGUCUGAGGAGUCGGAAGUGGAGUAUGAGAAGGUGAAGAAGAAGAGACAGAAGUCUGUCUCUCAAUCCACUUCAUCGAGUAGCGAGAGUUCCGAGAGUGUGGAGAAGAAGAAGCGAAAGAAGAAAAAGCACAGAAAAGUCUCAGUUUCUCCUUACGUGUCACCCGAGAGACAUCAUCAGCCUUCGAUUACGCCACCUUUGAGUCCUGUGGAAGUUGUGAAGAAGAAGAAGAAGGACAAGAAGAGGCGCCGAAAGUCGCCGUCAGAGAGUCCAGAAAGCGAAAUUUCAGAUCGAGGAUCGGCUUCACCAUCGAAGAUUGACGAUCCUGGCCUCAGUGAGUCGGAACUGGAGUCUCAGAGGGCGGCUUUGUUGGCGCAACUCAAUGAAUCGGUGGAUGAUUAAGCAAUUGGCCAGCUUUGAUACUUUUCUCCAUAUAUUACAAUUAAAUUUCUGCCACUCAAUGUUUCCGUCGUGACUUGGAUGUGACCUUUGUCCAUCCGGGCU